GAUCGGCCCACCAUCUGCUAAGGCCGCGGCACAGACAGUCCGACGUGAGGUGAAGCCGCAGUUGAUGGACAGGCCGGGAACGCGCCGUGCACAGGUCUGGAGUGACGUCGCAUGUACGUGACGCCUGCUCCUCGCCGCCAGCAUGUGUUCAGAGGCCUGGCUCUUCUCCAGCGUUCUUGGCCAGGCCCUGCCCUCGUGGGAAGGGAAGCUGGUCGUCGCGCUGCACGACGAUGUCGGCAGUAUCAGCACAUCCACGCGCUCCAGGGCGUCCAGUAUGCUCUGGCGGAAGAUGUGGCGCAGGCGGCUGGCCUUCUGGUGCGCCUGGGCCGGGAUCAAGGCCCCGGUCAGUAGGCGACACAGCCACCGCGCACCCGGUUCUCAUGUGGCAUCCACGCGGCGUGCACCGCAGUGGCAUCCACGUACAAAUCAGGUGAGUGGAUAGGGCUAUGGGCUGCCCGCCUGGGACAUGCAUCGGAUGAGACUGCGCUUUCCACCUUUGCGCCCAGUUCGCCCAUAUGCGUCCACCUGCACUGCACGCGUUCGACUGGCGUCGCGAACGUCCGGUUCCACCCCGUCGUCGUUCACGCGAUCGCUGAGCACCCCCACCCGCAGGCCCUGAAUGCCGCCAUCGAUCCCUUCCAGGUAGUCGGGGACCGGAGCGU